AACACAUCUAAGUAUCUAACCCCCUAGGUUCAAGCGUAAAACAGAUAUCUCGCUUACAUACUCCGCCGUCGCCGUCGCUUACAUACUUCCCGGCCUACAGCUACCACACAGAUCUGUCGCCGUCCGUCGUCGGACAACACCACCGUCUCCGUCGCUUCUUCUGAUGUGUCUGCGCCUUCAGAUCUGUCUCCGUCGCCGUCCCCGUCCCCGUUCCCGUACGUCGCCGCGCCUUCAGAUCUGUCUCUCUCUUUCUCUCUUAAGAUAUGGAUAGAAGUUGGAUGUAUGAGAAACGCACUACACUCAAAUAUAUACAAGGGGUUCAAGAGUUUAUACAAUAUGCUGAAGAAAAUAAAAGUAAAAAGGCGGAAAAAUUUAUAGUUUGCCCGUGUUGUGAUUGUAAAAAUUUGAGAGGAUUUCGUAAUUCUGAACAAGUGAAGAGUCAUUUGAUACGCCGUGGUUUUAAGAAAGGGUAUAGUCGAUGGAUAUGGCAUGGUGAAAAACUAUUUCCUAGUACAAGUGCUACUAAGAAUGAAGAUAAUGUAAAGAGUAGAACUCAUGCCGAAAGUGAAACUCAUGCAAAUAGUCAAACUAAUGCUGAUAAUGAAGAGAAUGAUGACACUCAUGCUAGCAAUGAUGAGAAUGAUGAAGAUAAUGACCGAAUGGAUGAAAUAAUGCAUGAUGUGCAAGGAGAUUUUAGUGAAAUGCCGUCGGAAUUUAAAGGUUUUUUUGACAGUGUUGAAAAACCUUUGUUCUUUGGAUGUACUAAAUUUACUGAGUUAUCUGCUGCUCUAAAAUUAUAUAAUUUAAAAGUAAAGAAUGAAUGGAGCGAUAAGAGUUUCACUGGAUUAUUAGAAUUAGUAAAAGACAUGCUUCCCAGUGAUAAUGGUCUUUCUAAUUCAAUUCACGAAGCAAAGACAACAAUGUCAGAUAAGUUUGCAUCUACCCCUGCUACUAAGAAUGAAGAUCAUGUAAAUAGUAGAACUCAUGCCGAAAGUGAAACUCAUGCAAAUAGUCUAACUAAUGCAGAUAAUGAAGAGAAUGAUGAAACUCAUGCUAGCAAUGAUGCAAAUAGUCAAACUAAUGCGGAUAAUGAAGAGAAUGAUGAAACUCAUGCUAGCAAUGAUGAGAAUGAUGAAGAUAAUGACCGAAUGGAUGAAAUGAUGCAUGAUGUGCAAGGAGAUUUUAGUGAAAUGCCUCCGGAAUUUAAAAGUUUGUUUGACAGUGUUGAAAAACCUUUGUUAUCUGGAUGUACUAAAUUUACUGAGUUAUCUGCUGCGCUUAAAUUAUAUAAUUUAAAAGCAAAAAAUGGAUGGAGCGAUAAGAGUUUCACUGGAUUAUUAGAAUUACUAAAAGACAUGCUACCUAGUGAUAAUGAAGCAAAGGCAACAAUGUCUGAUCAGUUUGCAUCUACCCCUGCUUCAGACCCUACAUUUGUGUCUGCGCCUAAAGGAAGAGGCCCCACAACUUGCAAAAAUUUGAAGAAGAAAAAGAUAGAUGAAGAUGUUUCAAUUGAAUUUGAUGAGUACAAUAGACCAAUCGGACCAUAUUCAAAAAACUUUGUGUCUUAUAUUGGAACUUUGGUUCGUGCUCAAGUAGAUAUCAACAUCAACAAUUGGCGUAGUGUAGAUCAAUGCAUUAAGGAUACGAUUUGGAAAGAUGUUAAGAAAGAGUUUGCUAUUCAAGAUGAUUCAAAGAAGAAUGUGGUGUUGAAAAUUGCAUCAUUGAGGUGGAAAGAUUUCAAGAGUAGAUUGCUACGUGAAUAUGUUGUCAAUAAGCACCCAAAUUAUGAAUCUCCCGUACAGGUUUAUGACUUCUUAACUGAAGAGCAAUGGACAAGAUUUGUUGCAGAACGGGAGAGCGAGCAGUUUAAGGAAAAAAGUCAGAAGGCGAGGGAACGGCGGGCGUUAAAUGAGCAUCCACACUUCUUAGGUUCUUCUGGAUAUGCGAGUAAACAUCAAGAGUGGAUGAUAUCAGACCCUCUAUCUUCACAGCCUUCGUGUGCAUCUAUUAGCUCAUCCUUGGUGUCUGAGGAUCGUAGUUUUGAUUGGGUACGAGCAAGAGCCAAAAAAUCAAAAGAUGGAAGUUAUUACAUUCCGAAUGAAAAAACACAGGAGGUGUUACACAAAAUUGUAGAAAAAUGUGAAGAAGUUAAUCAAGGAUCAUUUCAACCGAAAAGACAUCAUGAUAUAUUAUCAGCCGCUCUUGGUAAGGAAGAUUAUUCGGGUUCUGUAAGAGGAGUUGGUUCAUAUUCCACCAUCCGGGAAGUGUUUGGUAAACCAGAGCGAAAACAGGUUGUUACGGUUGAUGAUGUCAAAAAAGUGAUAGAGAAAUGCAAGCAAGAUACAAUGGCAAAUGUGCAAUCCAAGAUCGAUAUCCUUAACCAGCAACUCAAUAUUUUGAAGAAAAACAUGUCGACGACACAUCAACUUCCACAAGAUGCUUCAAUUGGCACUCCUGAUGCUUUGAUGAAGAACAUGUCGACGACACAUCAACUUCCACAAGAUGCUUCGAUUGGCACUCCUGAUGCUUCGGUUGACACUCCUCAAAGUGUCCAUGUGCCUUUUGAUUUACCUUCUACCCGUAGCAGUUGUCAUUCAAUUGAUCUAAACCCAUAUUCCGUUACCACAAUUAAGGAAAAUGUCAAAAUAAGUUCACCAAUACAAAAUAAAAAAAUUAAAAAUCAAAGUGGUGAACCAUCUACUAUUGGUACACGACCUCCAAUUGUUGGCGACGAUGUUUUACAGCACUUGGGGAACAAUUGCAAGCAGUUAGUCAGUUUGUUGACAUUAUUACCUUUUGGUAAAGACUACAUUGAUAUGGAGAUAGAUCAGACAAUCUUCCAUCAUACAAAUGUGGGUUAUAUUUAUGUGAUGAUGGAGGAUAUACAAGAUUUGUUGACGAUGAAUUGGCUUGACGUCUCAAUUAUACAAGUGUUUAUAUUAUUUCUUAAUCGCUUGUGUAAUGAGUUUGGAGUCACGUCAAUCGGGUUUGCGUGUCCAACUCAGAUUUCAAAAGAUAUGGUUAACUUAAAUGGUGCUGCUGUUAUGUCAUAUCUCAUUCAUGUCAUGGACCAGCACAAGAAUGAGAAAUUCAUUUUAGCACCAUAUCAUCAAGAACAUCAUUGGUUACUUCUUGUGAUUUGUGUACAAUCAAGAAGCGUAUAUGUGUUUGAUCCCAAGGCUUGUAAUCGCACCAUUGAAGUUAAACCUUAUGUGAAUAUGGCAUUUCGAUCUAUUCCUACGAACGAACGAAGGGCUAGGGCUGUCAAUUGGAAGCAAUGCAAAUGUCCGCAACAACCCGGAGGUGUUGAAUGUGGAUAUUAUGUAUUGCGAUACAUGUAUGAGAUGGUGAUAAAAUACUCAUCGGUUGAUUGUUUAGAUGAGGUAUUUGAACAAAACCCGUACUCUAUCAAUGAAAUAGAUGAGAUUCGAGAUUUGUGGGCGAAACACUUUUUGGAAGAGUGCGUGUAACUUUUUUUUUUUUUAAUAUUAAAUAUUAUCUUUUAUCUUAAUUAGUUAAGUAUUGUACAUUAUUAAUUGAUAUAAUGUCAUGUUGAACAAUUAUCUUGAUUUUAAUUUUAAAUAUUGUGUUGAUAGUAAGUAUUGUGAUCA